GAAUUUUUUUAAAAUGGCCGCAAAGUUCCGCAGUCAAGUCGAUAUCCAUAGCAACUAAAAUGCUCAUAAAAUGGAUUUUUCAAUUGAAAAAAUAGAAAAUUUAUGAAAAAAUGUGGAACAAUAAUUUAAAAAUUAAUAUGAAGUGCUGAAACAUUUUAUUAAUACGAUAAUCAAUACGUUUAAAUAAGUACAAACCGAUGGAAGAAAAGAAAUUUACUGGUGCCCCAUUUGGAAUUCAAAAACCAAGGUUUGAAGUUGCUGGUAUUCAUCCAACAAGGAAAUUACCUGGUACAUUCACUCAAGUUAGUUAUGACAAAAAAUCAAUGUCACCACUGAAUCGUAAACUUGGUCCUGGAAGUUACAAUUUGGAUUAUGGUGGAUUUAGUGAAAAAAGUAUCCAAGAGAGAAGUUCUGGCCCAGGAUGGGAAAUAGGUUAUAAAUUGGCACAAGAAGCAAUGGUUCCACAUUUUUUAUUUCGUAAUGAGUGGGAUAAAAAACAAAUGCUAAAAAAACAGUUAGGUCCAGGCACAUACAACAUCCAUGAUUCUUUUUAUGAUCUAUCAAAUAAACCACGAAGUAUCAAAGGUGUUUGUCAAACAGCUGCAAAAAGGUUUGACAUUUCAGAAAAGAACACAGUUCCAGGACCAGGAACAUAUGGAAUAGGUGGAAUUCCUCAUGCUGCUAUGGAAGAAAAAGAAAAAAAAUCACCUGGUAUAAUUGGUAUACUUGAUUCUGCUGCAUCUGGGAAGCGCUGUGCUACUGAAAUAGGGUCUGGUUUAUGUCCUGGACAAUACAACUACAAAAGUUUUACAGAUGAAUUGAGAGAACGCUUAGUCAGUAAGCGUGGUCCUUAUGACCUAUUUACUGGAGAUCGAAAUGCUUUAAUUUCUGUUGGACGCUUUUCUGCUCAUAUUAAUAGCCAAAUGGAGCCUGGAAUGUAUAAAUGCAAAAGUUUUCUUGAUCCUGAUGAUCACAAAAAAACGCAUGGCAAGUUUUCUAAAGUCCAACGAAUGCCAACUGUACCAACAGAGCGCAUCUACUGCAAAACUCUUUCCCAAUGGCCUCGAAAUGCUAAUGAACCCGGUCCAGGUAGUUAUGAUCCUCGUGAUGAAAGACAGCUUGUUUAUUGUAGCCGACCUGCAUUUGGAUCAUCAGCGUCAAGGGUCGAUAAGAAUGCUGAAAGUCUUUUAUUAGGAAAUUACGGUACGGUUGGACCAGGCAGGUAUGAAGUUUGUAGACAUAACAAAAACAGCAACGGCAACCGAAGUGUUUUCAUAUCGAAUACUAAAAGAUGGGAUGCUUCGCGCGAUAUUUUUCUAAUGGAAAGAAUUCGCUCCAAGAACACAUUAUCAAAGACUCAUAUCAAAAGCGUUAUUAGUGUCUAAAUAUAUAUAUAUAUAUAUAUAUAUAUAUAU